AUGGACCAUUCAUCCCACUCUUCGAGCUCGUCAGGAGAUGAAGCCCGAACCAUGGGUCGCCAUCACGGAAGCCGUCCGCGUUUGCCCAAACGUCUGGAACUCGAUCUGAGCGCUGCUAUCAGCCUAGACCAGAAGGCCCAGCUCCAGAAACUCGCCAGCUCCAUCAUCGACAGAAUGCAGAGCCAGCUGUGCGAGACCUUCGACAAUCUCGGCCUCGGCAGCGUCCCGCCCGGCCGAGGGAUCAACCCACCUAGGGCCACAUGCAACGCCAUACCCAACCCCUGCAGCGACAAGUACCGCCACAUGUACGGUGACGUUGGCUUGAGCAAGGAGACUGACCUAGGAGAUGGGGUGGGAGACGGGGCUGGAGACGGGGAGGGCGCCGAGAAGCCAACGGAUAAAGCUGAUGUUCCUGCUGGAUUGGAGGCACCGAGCCCUAAGUGGAAGAUACCCAAGUCCCCUGACGAAGCGCGAGAUAUGUAUGGGAAGACGGACGUCGAUGUACUGAUCUCUAGCCUCUCCGAGCUGAAGCACGAUGCCGUCGCACACUUCGGCAAGUGGCGCGCAAGCAUCCUGAGGCGUAUACAAGACAUCGUAAUUAAGAAUGGCGGAACCAGCGGCAACGUGAGCGGCCGCGUUCUACAGCAGACAUCAGGCAAUGUGAACCGGCCUGGUAACGCCGUGAGAGGAAGACUGCCGACACCAAGUGGACCAAGCGCAUCGGCUACGGAUUCGGCCGUCGUUCUUGCUAGACUCCACACCCCGAUUCCCACGCCCCUUCAAGACACCCCCAAGGAAAAGCGCGCGCUGAUCCUGCACUCCAUGAUGUUGAUUCUCCUAGGAAUGGACCACUAUUCUCUAUACUCGAGGAUCUUUCUGGUGAAGCUCGCUUCCUCGCUGAAUAUCCCAACAUGGGUCUUACACCAAGACGAGGUUAGGGUCUCCGGGGCACUUUCGAAAAUCAUAGAAAAUAUCCCCCCUGCCGAAAUUGUCCAAAAGCGAACGGAGGAAGCUAAAUCGUCAAGUCGACGCUGGAAACCCGGUACCGCCCCGGGGGCCGUCGCUACCGCGCUUGCGCCCUCCCUCGCCGCCGCCGGAGUCGGCACAGUGUUCGGGGGCUUGGGACUUGACGAAUCUGCGACGGCUGGUUUGCUAGGACCCAUGGCUGAGAACAUACCCACGAUCGGUAUCUUGUUCGGUCUGUAUGGAGCCCGGCAGAGUACUCGAACGAUGGAAUCGUACGCCAAGGACAUCCAAGACUUUGGCUUCGUGCCUCUACAUGGCCCUCCCCAGCGUGAACUGAAUGAUCCUAAGGAUUUGCCUACCGAGUGCCGUAGAAUGCGAGUUACUAUUGGGAUUGGCGGCUUGGUGAUGAAUCAUGACAGUUUCGCCGAUCCUUGGCAGGUCCUCGGUCAACGAACCGAGGCUUACACCCUGAAGUGGGAACUGGAGGCAUUGACGAGAAUGGCUGUUGCGUUGGACACACUUUUGGGGACUUCGACCUGGAAUAUGGCCAAGAGGGAGAUCACGUCAAAAACCGUUUUCGAGAGGUUAAAGCAGGCUUUGUGGCCGGCAGGCCUCGUGAAGAUCAGCAAAGUUAUCGAGAAUCCGUGGUGUGUCGGGAUGGUUCGAGCCGAAAAGGCGGGCGCCGCGUUAGCCGACAUUCUUAUGAGCAAGGUCUUCGGAGAGCGGCCCGUUAACCUGGUAGGCUAUAGUCUCGGGGCCCGCGUCAUCUACUCUUGCCUGAUGGCAUUGGCGGAGAAGCGAGCCUUUGGACUCGUAGAGAACGUGGCCAUGAUGGGCGCGCCUUGCCCAUCCGAAGUGCGCGUUUGGGCGUCAAUGAGGAGCGUCGUUGCUGGUAGAUUGAUCAACGCCUAUUCUAACAAUGACUAUAUCCUGAGCUUCCUCUACCGCAACAGUACUUGGCAAUACGGAAUUGCCGGAUUGCAGAGCAUCCAAGGCGUACCGAACGUCGAGAAUCUCGACACAAGCGAUAUAGUUACUAGCCACCUUCGGUAUACUUGGCUUGUCGGCUGCAUCCUCAAGAAGGUUGGCUGGGAAGACGUCGAGUACGCUCAAGUUUCACAGCAAGAGCAAGCCUUGGUACAGCGUAUUAACCAAGAGAGGCGGUUUGAGGAAGAGCAUAACAGGCGGGCCAAUGCAGAGGCUGGCGGAGACAGGUUCGGGAGAAGACGACGAGACGCGUAG